GCCGUACAACCACUUCCUCCUCCUCCUACUCAUCAUGUCCUUCCAAAUCAAAGAAAUCCAGACGAAGCCGUACGAUGGUCAAAAGCCAGGGACGUCGGGUCUUCGGAAGAGGGUAAAGGUCUUCCAACAGGAGCAUUACACAGAGAACUUCAUCCAAGCCAUCUUCGACUCCAUCGAGCCGAAGGGCGCGACACUCGUAAUCGCAGGCGACGGUCGAUUCUAUUCGCCCGAGACGGCGCAGCUGAUCCUCAAGAUCGGUGCUGCGAACGGUGUGGCAAAGUUCAUUGUCGGACAGAACGUCAUCCUGUCGACGCCAGCUGCGUCGAACGUGAUCCGCAAAUACAAGGCGAAUGGCGGUAUUCUACUCACUGCCAGUCACAACCCCGGAGGACCCAACAACGACUUCGGUAUCAAGUACAACGUGUCGAACGGGGGGCCUGCUCCCGAGAACGUGACGAACAAGAUCUACGAGAAGAGUAAGACGAUCUCUACUUACAAGGUCAUUGAGCUGCCGCCUCUGGACCUGUCCAAGACGGGCACGUUCAAAUAUGGCCCGACAACGGUGGAGGUUAUCGACUCGGUCAAGGACUACCUCGAGAUGGUGGAGGGCAUCUUCGAUUUCCCGCUGAUCAAGUCGUUCCUGGUGGAGAAGGCCGGCACGUUCAGCGUGCUAUUCGACGGCCUCAACGGUGUUACCGGCCCAUAUGGGCGCGCGAUCUUCGUCGACACGCUCGGACUGCCCGCAUCGUCCGUGCAGAACGACAAGCCGCUGCCCGACUUUGGCGGUGGCCACCCCGAUCCGAACCUCACGUACGCGCACGAGCUCGUCGAGCGGGUCGAGCGCGAGAACAUCCAGUUCGGCGCGGCGAGUGACGGCGAUGGCGACCGGAACAUGAUCUAUGGCAAGGGCGCGUUCGUCACGCCAAGCGAUAGCGUGGCGAUCAUCGCAGAUUGGGCCGCUGAGGCGAUCCCCUACUUCAAGAAGGGUGGCGUCAAGGGCCUUGCCCGCAGCAUGCCCACCAGUGCGCAGAUCGACUAUGUUGCCAAGAAGAAAGGCUUGGAGUGCCACGUCGUGCCUACAGGCUGGAAGUUCUUCGGAAACCUCAUGGAUGCUGGCAGGCUGUCCAUCUGCGGUGAAGAGUCGUUCGGCACAGGUUCGGACCACAUCCGCGAGAAGGAUGGCGUUUGGGCUAUCGUUGCAUGGCUGAACAUCCUCGCGUAUGCGAACAAGCAGUCGCCGAACGAGCAGAUCGGCAUCAAAGAGCUGCUGCAGAAGCACUACGCAGUCUACGGGCGGUCAUUCUUCUCCCGCUACGACUACGAGGAGGUCUCGUCGGAGGGCGCUCAGAAGCUCGUAGACGCAUUGAACGCGCACAUCAGCUCGGGCGACCUCGCGGGCACGUCGCACACGUCGCCUUCGACUGGGCAGACGUUUGUCGUCAAGGACGCGUACAACUUCGAUUACACGGACCCGAUUGAUGGCAGCGUGUCGAAGAACCAGGGCCAGAUUGUGCGCUUUGAGGACGGCUCGCGUGUCGUGUUCCGUCUCAGCGGGACCGGUAGUCAGGGCGCUACCGUGCGCAUGUACGUUGAGCGGUACGUCGCUGCUGACAAAGGCCCCGCGGAGCUCGGCAAGUCGACGAAAGAAGGCUUGAGCGGGCUCAUUGAGGUUGCGCUGGAAUUGAGCAAAUUGAAGGAGUUCUUGGGCAGGGACAAGCCGACCGUCAUCACUUAGAGGGCUGGUGGCGAGGAGAGCAACGUACAUAGCAGAAUUGAAACAUAUACGAUCAAUGAUGUACAAGUAUUUUCUUUGAUACGGGAGGAAUUGAUCAAUGUAGCUCGGAA